AGGGUCAUUGGAUAAUUUUUACCAAGUAGUAUUAAUCAGAGGAUGUUCACUUUAACAUUUUGACCUUUCUCUUUGUUCUUGCUUAUUUUGACUUUAAAAAGUUACUGAGGAAAAUUAUGAGAAACAGAGAAUAAAAUGGUUGAUUUGAAUGUGGUGAUGGACGACGCAAAAGCUUUUAUAGGAGAGAAGGUUAAUGUGGGUAAUCUGAACAAUGUGCUGAGGCAAAUGGGACUAGUACUGACUGAUGAGGAGAAUAAGGAGCUGUUGAAAACUCUGCCCAUUCAUGCUGAUGGAAGAGUAUAUAAGAAGAGAUUGCUAAAAGGUGUGAAAGCACUCAAUGGACCAAGGGUCAAACUCAAAAAAGUGAAAUCCCUUGUGGAAGACAUGGGAAUUAGACUCAAUGAUGAGGAACUUGAGGAAAUAUUGACUGAUGUGUCAACUGAUGAUGAUAGAACAGUUGGUCUGAAUGAUUUGAUGAAUGCUGUCAGUUGCAUAAAGGGAGAGGUGAUGGAUAUCCAGGACGUGGACACCUUUCUAGCCAGUGAGGGGAUCGAGCUCACAGAAGACGAUAUGAAGGAGCUGAUGCCUCAUUUGACAGUUAAAGGAAAUGGGAAGGUUAGAGUGCCUUCAAUAAUGGCGGGCCUGAAGAAGUUUAAACCAAAAGGACUCGCGCCACUACACAAGUUGAUGAAAACUGAACACGAUGCUACAGACAGAGUUAUUGGCCCCAUGGCAGUUUCUGAUAUUAAAUCAAAAGUUAAGCUGAAUCCUCUAACAAAAGUACCCAGCUCCCAUGGCAAGAGGGAUAAAGAUUUACCAGGAUCUCUCCCGUGCCAAUUACAGCACAAAGAAAGGAAGCUGAAUGCUUCACAAAUACAAGCCUUCCAAGAUGCCUACAACUUCUUUAACAAGGAUAAAACUGGCUGUAUUGAUUUACACGGAAUGAUGUGCACUCUAGCCAAGUUGGGAAUGAAUCUAACCAAGCGUGAUGUCUAUAAUGAAUUAAAAUGUGCUGAUAUUGAUGGGGAUGGAAAGGUGAAUUUCUCAGACUUCACAAAGGUGUUAACAGAUAAGAACCUCUUUCUUAAAGCUGUGGUUCCAGAAAAGGAGAAAUGUUUAGAUUUAGCUGGCAACCCAGGGAUCCUGUUGUUUGAAAUCCUAUCAAAGCUUGUAGAGACUUCAGCCUUACCCAGAAAGGCUAUAAUGGAAAUAGUAAGCUAUUUCCAAAGAAAAUUCCAGGAAACCAGGUCAGGAAUGUUAUGGAAUCCAUACACCAUGGCUUAUGAAAAAAGGGGAUUUAAGCAAGACAUAUGCACCCCUCCCAGCUCAAGCACAGCUGCCUUUGCCAAUGCUGCCCGGACUGCAAUAAUGAAAGAAAAGGAUUUAUUUAAAUUUCUUGAAGAGCUCAAGAGGUGCAAUCCUCCUUCAGAUAGCCCGUAUUCAAAAAUACCCAUCUUUCCAUUGUUUCCUAAUGUGGAUGGGGUGGUGAUGGGAAAGCCAUUCAAAGACAUGCAGAAAUUAGAAAUGCUAAGGAGAAAGGAGCCUCUGAACUUCUUUGAGAACUAUUUUUUCCAUAAAAGAGACUGGAAAGCACAGGCAGCAAAUAUAAAGCCUAUUGACCCCGUCUCAGGCUGUCCUACUGACAUCCUGGCCAUUGACCAAAUGCUCAAAAAGAAGCAGAAUUGGACAGUGACUGAUGCGGCAGCUAUUAAACAGCCCGUGAAGAGAGCUAUAGAUACCUAUAACUUGGGGAUUGCCCUGGAGCACCGGAAAGAAAUGCUAAACCUCUGGCAGAAGAUCCGAGGGGAUUUGAUUGGAAUAGACACUAAAAAUGAGUCCUUUUAUGAUACCUUUUCUGCUUACACAUGGUCCUGGAAUGUUUGCCAAGAAUUACUUUCACCAAAGGACUUAAGGUUAUAUGAUGCCUACAUGAAUAGGCAUACCUUCCACAACUCCGUAUUCUCUUCUUCCUCGGAUAUCAGUGAAUGUGACACAGACACAGGAAGAAAACGAAAACGGAAAGGUUUCAAAGGGUUUCGACGAUGAGAUUUCUACAUUUUCUAAACAGCUCACUGCAAACUACUUUUUCAUAGAUAUCAAAAUUGUGGUUUCUUGCUUUUGUCUAGUACAUUCUUAGCAGCUGGAAAUGUUGACAUCUUUUGAAUUCUGACCAGUAAAAAAGUUUAAGUCAUAA